AUGUCUUUUGAAUCCUACAAAAAGGCAUUCCAUAAAAGAUUCGAUGUAUGGAAUGCGAUAAUUGGGAAUCGGGCAACCAGAAUCGUCUUGGGUAAAACUUUCGAAAAUUCGGAAAUUUCGAGUUCCAUGAAAAAUUUCGAAACUUAUGAAGUUUCUGAACUUCUGAAAAUCCGAAAUUCUAGGCUGAGCAAUUCUCAAAGAGCAAUACUGAGAAUCCAAAAAUGCUCCAAAAAUGCAUUACGGAUUUCUCUCGAAGUAAACCAAUACCCUCUUCCCAUCUGUCCCUUUCUCUGCGUCUCUUAUUUCCCUAUAGUCUCUCGCCGAGAGGACUACAGAGAAGUCAUCUCGAUCCACAUCGGACAAGCCGGAGUCCAAAUCGGUAACGCCUGCUGGGAAUUGUAUUGUCUGGAGCAUGGAAUUCAACCCGAUGGUCAAAUGCCAUCUGAUAAAUCCCUCGGAGGAUCCGAUGACUCAUUCUCCACGUUUUUCUCUGAAACUGGAUCUGGAAGACACGUUCCAAGAGCGAUUAUGGUGGACUUGGAGCCAACUGUCAUUUUUAUCGUUUUUUUCUAUCUCUCAAGAAUGUUGAGAUAUGCGCCUUCAAAUUUGCCCCCCACAAAAAAACAUGUUCCAGACGAGAUCCGCACCGGCACCUACCGUAGUCUCUUCCAUCCGGAACAACUGAUCACCGGAAAAGAAGAUGCCGCUAAUAACUACGCCCGUGGUCAUUAUACAAUUGGAAAAGAGAUCAUCGACUUGACCCUGGACCGUAUCCGUCGUCUGGCUGACAACUGUACCGGACUACAAGGAUUUUUGGUUUUCCAUUCGUUUGGAGGCGGUACUGGAUCCGGAUUCACUUCCCUUUUGAUGGAGCGACUCUCUGUGGAUUACGGUAAAAAGGCGAAAUUGGAGUUCUCGGUGUAUCCGGCUCCACAGGUCUCCACUGCUGUCGUGGAGCCAUACAACUCCAUUCUGACCACCCAUACCACUUUGGAGCACUCCGAUUGCUCAUUCAUGGUUGAUAAUGAGUAUGGGCUCAUUUUAGAAGCUCUAAUCAAGCUUAAUUCACAAAUUGUAUUCUUAAAAAUUAUUUUUCAGGCAAUCUACGACAUUUGUCGUCGCAACCUGGACAUCGAACGUCCAUCCUACACAAAUCUCAAUCGGCUGAUCGGCCAAAUCGUUUCCUCGAUCACUGCGUCUCUUCGUUUCGAUGGAGCACUCAACGUCGAUCUAACUGAAUUCCAGACAAAUUUGGUCCCAUAUCCACGUAUUCACUUCCCACUGGCCACAUUUUCUCCGGUGAUCUCCGCUGAAAAAGCGUACCAUGAGCAGUUGUCGGUGGCUGAAAUCACCAAUAUGUGCUUCGAACCGCAUAAUCAAAUGGUCAAGUGUGAUCCACGUCACGGAAAAUAUAUGGCCGUUUGUCUUCUGUUCCGUGGUGACGUCGUCCCGAAAGACGUCAAUGCUGCUAUCGCUACCAUUAAGACCAAGAGAAGCAUCCAAUUUGUGGAUUGGUGUCCCACUGGAUUCAAGUUCCAGGUCGGAAUCAACUACCAACCACCAACCGUCGUCCCAGGAGGUGACCUAGCCAAGGUGCCACGUGCCGUAUGCAUGUUGUCCAACACCACGGCCAUCGCCGAGGCUUGGGCUCGCCUGGACCACAAAUUCGACCUUAUGUACGCCAAGAGAGCAUUUGUCCACUGGUAUGUUGGAGAAGGAAUGGAAGAGGGCGAGUUCUCGGAGGCUCGUGAGGAUUUGGCUGCGUUGGAGAAGGACUACGAGGAAGUUGGUGUCGAUAGUCUCGAGGAUAAUGGAGAGGAGGGCGAUGAGUAUUGA